GCUCAGGUGAGGGAGGCUCAGGUGAGCCCCAGGUGAGCCCCGUCCAUGGCGUACCGGGAGCUGGUGCGGCGCUGGCACGAGGGGGUGCGGGCGGCGGACCGCGGGCACUGGGACGCGGCCCUGGAGAGCUUCGGCGCCAUCCCCGACCCUCCGGCGCGGAUCUGCUUCAACAUGGGCUGCGUGCAGCUGCUGGCCCGGCGGCCAGAGGCGGCUCUGAGGGCCUUCGAUCAGACCGUGGCGAAGGACAAUUCCCUGGCUGUGGGCUACUUCCAGAGAGGGUUGGUCCACCUGCAGCUGGAAAUGUUUGAAGAUGCUCUCUCUGACUAUCACAUGGCCUUCAGUCACUUAAGACAGAAUCCCUUUGUCGAUUACAAGCAGCUGGGGCUGAGGCACAUCCUCUAUGCCUGGGAGGUGCUGUACAGCACUGCAGCAGUGCAGUGCCACCUGCAGCAGUGGCAGGAGGCCAGAGUCACCCUGGAGAAGGCUGUUGUGUGGAGACCUGAGCGAAGAACAGCAAUCUUGGACCUGGCCCUUGAGCGGGUGCAGGACUGCCUGUUUUUAGAGCCCAUGCAGGUUCCUCUUGGGGAACUUUUCAGACCACGGAAGAAGGAAGUUGAACAGUUGGAUUCCAAAGAUUUCCUGGGUAAACCCAAGGUGAUCUCGUCCAUCAUUCCCAAUGAUGAGUACAUUGGCUUUGAGCCUCUCAGGCCUCAGAAACAGGGCUUUUAUGAACCCAGUGCUGAUGCUCUGCGGGACAGUGAGGCAGGAUACCAUCGAGUCCUGUCCCAGUAUUGCCCCGAGCAGUCGGAGGAGCCGGUGGUGAAGGGCGGCAGUUUGGUGUUUGUGCUGAGCAGGGGAGCAGAGGGCUGGGCCACAGCCAUCCACGAUGGACAGAAGCUGCACAUCCCAAGCUCUCUCCUGGAGCCUGCCUCAAGGAUGGAUAAAUGGAAGAUCAGCAAUGGGAUCCCCCUUCCUCCUGCCCAGGUGCCUCCCAGCUGCCUGCAUGUGAAGCAGAAGCCAGAGCCUCCUAGGGGAGAAAAUGCCUUUGCCAGUGAUGCUGGUGCCCAGAUGGACUCCAAGAUCCCCCAGAGCCACAGAGAGGCCUCCCCGGGCUCGGCCAGGCCGGUGGUGCUGCGGGUGUGCUGCGAGUGCUCGGUGGUGCUGCGGGCGGGCGAGGCACCGGCCCUGCCGGCCCUGCGGGCGCUGCUGCAGGAGCGCUUCGGGCAGCAGGCACAGCGGGGCACCCUGAGCUACAGGCACCCGGAUGGCACGGAGCUGGGGACAGUCUUGGGAGAGGAGGAUCUGGGGAGGAUGUGGCAGCAGCUGACAGAUGGCAGGGUGACACUCUACUGCCAGGAUUCAGACUCCCACUCGGGCAGACCUGUUCUGUACCGGAUGCUGGCUCAACACUCUUAUCUGGCACAGGGACCAGGAGACCUGGAGUUCAGCAAGGGAGAUAUGCUGGAUAUCCUCUCUGAAGUGAACGAGGACUGGCUGGAAGGAUGCUGCAAUGGCAAGACUGGCAUCUUCCCCAAAUGUUUUGCCACCCAGACCAGCUGUGGUGCUGCCUUCCUAUAGCAAACAGGAGCCUUUUCCUGCUCGACUGCACUCCCAGGAAUGGGAAACACCAAUCCCAGCUCAUUCAGGCCCCAGCCAGCCAGGGGCUCUGCUGAACCUGGACAAGGGAUAUCUCCCGCUCCCAGAUUCCAUGGGGUCAGUUCCAGCAGUCUGACAGCAUUUCCUACAGCCUGUCCCCAGACCUUGUGCUUACACUGCCAAAGAUGUGUCUGUGCAGAGCAGAGAGAGGGAUCUGCUGUUUGGCUGUGGGAGUUGUCCAUGUGGCAGCUCAGACCUCUGGGCUGGGAAGAUGUUCCUCUGGGUGGGAAGAUGUUCCUCUGGGUGGGAAGAGGUUCCUCUGGGUGAAGGUCUUCAUCCCCUCUCCCCUGUUGCUCACAUUCGGGCUGGGAAAGCUGAGCCUCACUCUA